GAAUUUUUGUGGAUGCUGUGAAUUCCAUGGGCCAGACCUGUCUGUUCACCGCGGCGCUGCUGGGGCUGGGCAAAAUCGUGGAUGUGCUGCUGGAAUACGGCUCCAACGCCAACCACCGCUGCCAGGACGGGAGCACCCCGGUGCACGCCGCGGCGUUUUCGGGGAGCCGGAGCAUCCUCAGCAGGCUGCUGGACGAGGGAGGAGAGCUGCGGGUGCACGACAGCCAGGGCAGGACCCCCCAGCUCUGGGCUCUGUCCGGCUGCAGGGACAGCAGCGCCCAGGUGCGCCCGGAGCGCCGGCCGGAAUGUUGAUGGGAUACUGAAAUCGUCAUCCCUCCCUGUUAAUGCAACUCCCGUCAAAGGGAGAUGGAAUUGUCGGGUUUUUUGGGUUUUUUGUGGUGAGGAAAUGCUGAGAUUCCUCUGGGGAAGUUACUGAAAGGACAACCCAGCGUGGCCAAGAACAUUUACAGCUUUGGUUUUGGGAAGUUCCACCUGGCAGGCAGUGGCCACCUGGGCUACCUGGCCUCCCUCCCAAUAAUUGGGGACAAAGAUUUGGUCCAGGCUGACGACGAGCCAGCAUUUUCUUACCACGUGGGGCCCUACAUGAUCAUGACCAACCUGAUGUGGGGAGGCAGCAGGGUGACAGUGAAGGAGCUGAGCUUCCAGCCCCAGCAGAAGAGCUGGAAGCUGCGCCUGGCUGAUCUGCUGCUGGCAGAGCAGGAGCACAGCAGCAAGCUCCGCCACCCUCACUUGCUGCAGCUGAUGUCUGUCUGUCUGUCCUGUGACCUGGAGAAAACUCGUCUGGUCUACGAGAGGGUUCACUUUGGCUCUCUCUACAGCAUCCUCCACGAAAGGCGUGCAGAGUUCCCAGUGCUGCAGACAGAGACCCUGGUGCACAUCCUGCUCCAGGUGCUGGAUGCUCUGCGCUUCCUGCACUCCCGGGGCUUCGUCCACCGCUCCCUCUCCUCCCUGGCCGUCCAGGUCGUGUCCUCGGGCGAGGGCAAGCUCUGCAACCUGGAGUACAUGAUAGAAAGCAAGGACAGUGGGGAGCACAGUGACCUGACCCGAAUCCCCGUCCCAGCCCAGCUGUUCCGCUGGAGCUCCCCUGAAAUAAUCCUGGGCAAGCCUGGCACAGUCAGGUCAGAUGUUUACAGCUUCUGUGCAGUGCUGCAGGAGGCCCUGACAGAGAGCCCUCCCUGGAAAGGUGUGGAAGACUCAGCUGUGAAGCAGCUCAUCCUUUCAGGGGAGCAGCUGGAAGCAGAUGCCAGGCUCCCCCUGCUCUAUUAUGAUGUUGUCAAGUCAGGGCUGGAACCCAAACAGAGGAAUCGCUCCAUGAAGCUUCAGGAUAUUCAAUAUGUCCUGAAAAAUGACCUGAAGGACUUGGUUAAAUCUGAAAGUGGCCACGCUGGUGGAGUACCCAAAGCCCAGAGAUCUGCUGUUCUUGCAGAUGUGAACAUCUGCUGGGCAUCAGCUUUUAGCUUCCAGAAGAGAAGAGUGGAACUCCAGGAAAAAGAGAUGAGCAGGGCUGGUGGCUUUUCUGCCCCCGAGGACUCUGUUCUGCCCAAGGAGAGCAGUGCUGUGGUGCUGCAGGAGGCAGCAGCCAGCGCAGAGCCCCCCGUGCAGGACAGCAGCCCCGGUGUCUCCUCUGAGCUGCAGACUGAGAGCGACGUGGAUGGGAGCCUGUGCAGCUUUGAGAUGAAUGAAAUCCUGGCCAGUUAUCCAGAAGGUCCCCAAGACUUCCUGGAAGGAGGACCUGGGUCAGGCCAGGCUCUAAAGGAUGCAGAAAUGCAGCAGAAGGAAGAGCAGAGCCAGUGGGAGGGUGAGGAGAAAGGAGAAUCCUCGGGGUCCAGCACGGGCUUCACUGGAGAGGAGGAGGAGGAGGAGGAGGAAGAAGAGGAGGAGAAGGAGGAAGAAGAGGAAAGGGUGAGAGAAGCCUCUGGGCUGUCCCAGGUGAGAGGAGCUGCUGGCAGGAGGCUGAGCAGCCCCUCCCAGAGCGAGCAGCACAUCAGCAAGUGCGUCCUGAACCUCAAGAUCAUGCAGAGCAUGCUGCAGCAGGCUGGGCAUUCCCUGAGCAAGACAGAGGAGAAACUGGACAGGCUGAAGGCCAUGGCAAAGCAGAAGAGGCUGCUCCAGGAGGUCAGGAUGAACCUGCUUCCCAAGGAAAGUUCUCAGGGAAGACACUGGGAUGGGUCUGAUGCCACUUCCCAAAACACCAUGAAGGUUCUUUCUGGAGUUGAUAUUUUUUUACACCAGGCUGUGGCUCCACCAUGCAGGGACUACAUUCCCCCUCCAGUAACGUGUCAGGCACCAGGCAGAGACAGCUUCCAGGCUGUUCCCAAGACAGCCAAGGAGAGAGAGGCAAUUCAGAAUGAGAAAUGGAAGAGCAAAACUGCAACCACCCAUCGUGAUGCAGGCUGCAGCCUGGGCAAAGGGCUGGAUGGUGAAGUGAGCCUAAACCAGGAGCAUUUCCUCCCACACGUGUCUGCAAGAUGCCAGAAAAAGUUCAACCUGCAGUGCCAGAGAGGAGCUGAUUCACAUCCUGCAGCAAGAAGGGGAGAGGAGAAGUGGUGCCAAUCAAAACCAAGGGUGGAAUUCUGCAGCAAAAAAAGCAGCGAGAAGAGGAGAGUGGUGCAGUCAGGAUGGAGGACUGAAGUCAAGCAGAUGGCCAGGAGAGUGGCCUCGGGUCGGCUGGGGCUCAGCUGUCCCUACCCUGGCGGCGAGUGCACGUCUGAGAGUGAAGCAGAAAGUGCCAAGGAGCCCCCCCAGGCUGGAGCCCCCCAGAGCCAGGAGCAGCACAGGGGUGGGUGGCAGCCCUGGGAGCUGGGCUCUGAGGACACGACCGACUCUGGGGAGAGUGAUCCGGACAGGACUUCCACAGGGAGGAGCUGCCAGUCCCCAGCACCAGAUGAGCAAGCAGAGUCUGGAAAAUCCAUUCCUAAGAGUUCAGUCCUUCCUCAGCAAGCUGAGAAUCUCUCUAGAGGACAUUCAAGGGAAUUACAUUGUUCCCUUAAUUCACCUCCUGAUGAGACUGAAGAAUUCUUCACUCCUGAUUAUUUCCUUCCUCCUGCUCUUGAGGGAAGGUCAGAACCAGAGACCUCAAACGCUGAGGGCAAAGCAGAAGAUGUUUGUGCAGGAUUUUUACAGAAAUUACCUGCAGAUGCAGCAUCAGCAAGCCAGGCUCCAGGAGGAAAAAUACUGUUCUGCAGCACAACACCACAGAGCUGUGGCAGUAACAAGCUGGGAGUGAAUCAGCUGAGCCAAAUGCCUGGAGCCAGUGUGGAUGCAGCACGAGAAGCGACGCUGUGGGAGCCACAGGAAGAAUGCCAAGAAAAAGAUGUAUCAGUGGCAGAUAUUCAGGAUUUGUCCAGCAUCCCCUGUGAGCAGAACUUCCAGAGGGGUGUGGAAUGUAAAACACCUCGGCUGAGCCACGCUCCCACCAGUGUCAGCACCCCCCUGGGCUCAGACGAAAAAUUUCCAUUAGCCUUUGAGAAAUACAAACAGUGCCGUGAGUUUUCUUCAGAUUCUUCCUUUUGUGGCUCUCAAGAGACCUCCUCCACCGUGUUCAAGACUUAUACCACAGCCUGUGAAGGGGAGAGGAGCAUGGAAAUUCCAGUGGUGGCUCCAAGACUUUGCCCAUUUGGACUGAAAGAGCCUGUUGGGUUGCCACCAGUUGCUUCAUCCCUGAGGAACACCAGGCAGGCACCUGCACUCUCAGAGGCAUCUCCUCCCUCCAUUGAUGAGCUGCCUCCACCAGCCCAAGAGCUGCUGGAUGAAAUUGAACACUUAAAGCAGCAAGAUUCCAUCACUCCAGACUUGGAAGGGAUGGGAUUGCAAGACUCCAGAGUGCAAGUGAAUGCUCUUGUUCAAGUUCAAAUGGAAAACAGAGAGUCAGGAGAAGAAUCUGAGAGAAAUGAGAAGACAAAUCAGAGUUUAUGGACUAAGGAGUCAUUUAAUCUAGCAGAGGAUACAGAAAGGGCUCACUCCAGCCUGGAUGAUGCUUUGGAGAGAAUGCUCCAUGCAGUUCCUGGGGAUGAGGAGAUCCAAGAACAACCUCAGGGACACACUCUUGGGGCUGCCAGCCUGCAGGAUCCAGAAGAUGCUGGAAGGAAGAAUGGAGGAGAGGAGAGAGGAGCCUGGGCUGGAGGCAGAGCACCAGGAAGCUGUGCAGGGACUUCAGCAGAUGAGAGCAAGGAUCAGAAAUCCCACCCCCAGCAGCAGCUGGCUCCAACUCCACCCUUCAGGAUAAUUGUUUUGGAUGAGAGCUCUCUCCAUGAUUAACACACAGAGUGAAUAAGUUCUACACAUCACCUGCUUGCUGCUGCUUGCCCAGUGUUUAGUCUGUGAAUUACAGCCCUUUCUGGCCACAUAAACACCUGUAAAGCUCAGAUUUCCUUUAACAGCAGCAGCAAGAAGAAAAUCCCAUGCUCUGUGUUCUGAAAUGGUUUGUACUGGUUUGAUGCCAUUGUUGCAUGCCCAGGCAGUGUCAAUGUGCAGAAUUGAGCUGUU